AUGUCUCCUCAACCGGACUAUGCCCAAAAAAUCCUCAUAGUAGGCGCAGGCGUCUUCGGCCUCUCCACUGCCCUUCACCUAGCAAAACGCGGCUACACCCACAUCCACCUCUUCGACUCCCAACCCUACCACAUCAACAACUACGCCUGUUCCCCUGGCUGCGACGCCGCGAGCUGCGAUGAGAAUAAAAUUCUCCGCGCUUCGUACGGGGAUGCGAGGUUGUAUCAGGAUCUGGCUUUCAAAGCGAUGCCGGAGUGGCGGCGGUGGAAUGAGGUGUUGGCGGAGAUGAAAGCGGAGGACCUGCCAGCGGGUUUGAGGGAGGGUGUGAGGUUGUGGAAUGAUUGUGGGUUUUUAAGGCUGAGUGGGGAGGGGUUGGAGGAGAGCGAGGUGGCGACGCAGGCGAGUUUUCCCGAGGGGUUGAGGGGGACGCAGUAUCGGGUUUCGGAUGAAGGGAGGCGGAGGGACGCUGAGGAUGAGAGGAUUCCGAAGACGAAGAUUGAUCCUUUUGGGAGGUUGGAGAGGGGUUUGGCGAUGGAUGGGGUAUUGGAUAUGACGGCCGGGUUUGUGCUGGCGAGUCGGGCGUGUGCUUUUGCGUUGUUUUUGGUGAGGAGGGCGGGGGUGAAGACGUGGUUGGGGAGGGAGUAUGGGACGAAGUCGUUGAUGAGGGAGGGUAAGAGGGUGACUGGGAUAGUUACGAAUGACGGCGAGGAGCACUUCGCGGAUACCACCAUUGUCGCCUGUGGCGGCUGGACACCCAGCUUACUGCCAGAAAUCGAGCAGCUGGUCGAGACGACGGCAGGCAGUGUUCUCUCGAUCAGACUACCUGAAAACCGACAGGACCUCUGGGACAAAUUCUCCCCCGACAACUUCCCCGUCUGGAGCUGGAACAUGAACUCCUACGACCCCAACUCAAAGAACGUGGCCGGUCUGUACGGCAUGCCACGCACCCCCGAAGGCGUCGUCAAAGUCGCUUUCCGCGGCGCAAAAUGGACCAACUACGCCUAUCGUAGCAGUGCAACAGGUCGUCAGCUAUCGUAUCCUAAAACGGACGUCGACAAGAUCCCGGAGGAGGCGAUGCGAGUCAUCCGCUCUUUCUGCGAGGAGAACCUCCCAGAACUUCUAGACCUAGAUCUCGAACGUGGACGACUAUGCUGGUACUCCGACUCGGUCGAUAACUCGUUCCUAAUCGACUACCCACCCGAAACGGAGGGCUUGCUCGUAGCGAACGGCGGAAGCGGACACGGGUUCAAGUUCUUGCCUGUGCUGGGCGAGCAUGUGGUGGAUGUGCUGGAGCGGAAGGAUACGGAGUACACGAGGUUGUUCCGGUGGAGGGAUGUGCCGGAGGGGGAUCCGAAUGGGUUGAGGGAGGGGGUGGAGGGGUGGCGGACUUUGGGGCGGCAGAAGAUGGUUGGACAGGAGGUUUGGAGGAGGGGUGGGGAUGAUGCACGGUUGUGA